AUGGGAAGUAGGGCCCUUCUACACAUCUCUUUUCUUGUGCUUAUUGCCUCAUCCUUCACAGUGCUUGCCCUAAACGAUGACAUUCUAAGCACUAACAACAUUGCACAACCGCCGAGCACCUCAUUGCCUCCGGUCCCGUCGCCUAAUAAGCCGCCGCACAAGCACCGCCACCACCGCCACAAACACCCUCUCGCGCCUGCCCCCUCACCACUUCCUCCUCCACCACCGCCUCCAAAGCCUCCCACCCACCCCUCAUCUCCGCCUCCAAAGGCACCGGUUCACCCAUCACUGCCCCCUCCUCCAAAGGCACCGGCUCACCCAUCACUGCCCCCUCCUCCAAAGGCACCGGCUCACCCAUCACUGCCCCCUCCUCCAAAGGCUCCGGCUCACCCACCACCGCCUCCUCCCAAGGCUCACACUCCCCCUCCACCCAUCCACCACUCACCACCGCCACCACCACCACCAUCUCCCACAGUUCCAAAGAAACCCAUAGCUGUACGUGGGCUUGUUUACUGCAAAUCUUGCAAGUAUAAGGGUGUUGAUAACCUCUACAAAGCUAAACCUAUCAAAGGAGCUGUAGUGAAACUAGCAUGCAACAACACAAAGUACCAUCUAUCUGUGACCACAAAGACGGACAAGAAUGGGUUCUUCUUGUUCUACAUGCCAAAGAUAGUGAGCAGCGCAGGGUACAGAAAGUGCAAGGUGUAUUUGGUCAAAUCACCCUUGAGCCAAUGCAGUGAGAAGACCAACUACAAACUUGGCAAAGACGGAGCUCCGUUGAUCCCCACUCCACUCAAACUACCAGCGCCGUACAACCUCUACACCGUCGGCCCUUUCGCAUUCGAACCUUCCAAGAAGGUUCUUUGCCCACGUUGAUGACACCCAUGCAUGCAUUAUGUUACGUUGUAGCGUUGUUCUAGCUAAUUUCUGAGGAUUAAUCUUCUUUUUUUGUUUGUUUGUUUAUUUUGGGUUGAUGGUGUCAUAGUAUUGAAGAACUUACGUUGUAGACUUGUUGUAAUGAUGUAGUGUCUCUACGAAUAAAGAAGUUAGAUUAAUAAAGGAAUAAA